AUGUUUAAGUUUGUCCGCACCUUGGCCCGCGAAACGCUUCGGCUUCUGUCUUGUCUACAUCAGCUGGAUCACGGAGACGUGCCUCACGCGGUGCGCGACGUCUUCUCACCGAUGAGUGCAGCAGUGGCCGUGGCGGUUGAGGUGACAACCUACAGCAUCCACGGCAUGAGCUUGAUGUGUUGGGCACAGAUCUCCUGUAGUCUCUCGUGGUCUUUGUUUUGGCCUUCGUUAUUCUUUUAUUCUUCUUUGUCCUCUUUCGUCCGCUGCGCUGAGUACACCGAGGCAGGACUCCGUAAGCACCCUACGCAUUUGGAGGUUUUGCUUCGUGUUCUUCGUUGUCCUUAA